AUGGGUACGACACACUCUUUUUUUUCUCUUGAGUGUGCUGAGAGGUUGGGUUUGAAAUUGUCUUAUAUGGUUGGGAGUAUGAUUGUUGAUACCCCAACUUUGGAUUCGGUAACCACUUUGUGGGUUUUUUUGAAUUGUCCACUCACUAGUUAUAGUAGGAAUUUUGGGAUGGAUUUAGUAUGUCUACCUUUAAGAAACCUCGAUGUUAUCCUUGAAAUGAACUGGUUAGAGUUCAACUUAGUUCAUAUCAAUUGGUACGACAAGACUGUGUCAUUUCCAGAGUUUGAUGCAAGUGAUGAGUUAUUUGUGUCUCCUAAGCAAGUGGAUUGGGUUCUUAAAGUGUUUAUGAUAUUAGAUUUUAUGAAGGCUCAAAAUGAAGCUAUGAUUGGUGAGUUAACAGUGGUGUGCGAGUUUCCGGAAGUGUUUCUAAACGAUAUCAGUGAUUUUUUGUCGGAGCAUGAGGUGGAGUUUUCUAUAGAAUUACUACUUGGUACUAGUCCUGUGUUGAUGAUCCUUAUAGGAUGUAUGAUUUAG